UUCUCUACUGGUAGUAAAGCUUAAACACAGAGAGAAGUUGGAGUUGGUUCUACGAGUUCGAAGCAGUAAGUAGCUUGGUGGUAGCACGUAUAGUGUUAUGUUCAUGAUUUGGAACUUGGUACAACGUUAAAAAAAGAAAAGAAAUAAACAAAUGCAAAACAACACACAGUUGACAAGACUACGACAGUAGAUCGAAGAAUGAAAUAGCCAUGAUCGGAUUAGGAAACGAGCUCGAAGAUAAUAAUAAUAAUAAGCCAUUGGCAGAAUACUUUUCCAUAUAUUCUAUAAAACGGUGACAGAUCAUUCAAUGGCAACCAUGGAUAUACAAAAGAAACAACUAUGUCCACGUUUGGUGGACUACCUUGCUAUUGUGGGAGCACGAUCGGCUCCGAUUUCUCGUCAACCUGUGCAGGUUCCAGAAUUGUUGCGCAGAUAUCCAGUGGAGGAUCACAAAGAUUUUCCUUUACCUCUGGAUAUGGUGUAUUUUUGUCAACCAGAGGGUUGCAGCAGUGUUGGACCUAAACGCACAGCUUUAAGGGAGGCUACAUCUUUCACUUUCACCCUUACUGACAAGGAUUCCGGAAAAACAAGAUAUGGCAUUUGCGUGAAUUUCUAUCGACCCAUAGAAAGGGCUGGGACAAAUGCACGGGGUGGUAUUACAAUGAGACGAGAUAAAUACAAUACAACGUUUAGAAGAGAAAGUUGGAGGAAAAGUAUGGAAAAGAGUACGGAUUCAGCAUUUUCUAGCGACUAUAGAAGCAGCGCGGUUGGUCCCAGUGAUUCGGAAAAAGAUUGUUCCAGUAGUAGAAGAGAUUCUGACACUUCUCAUGCACCUUAUGCACCAAGAUUAGGUGUUACAGCACCGAGUGGUGACAGUGAAAGUGGUGGCAGUCAUUCUCCCUCGCCACGAGCUUCGCGAAGGCGACAGAGGAUUCGAAAUCAUUCCUUGACGUCACUUUGUAUUAUUUCUCAUCAUCCAUUUUUUUCGAUGUUUCGCGAAUGUUUGUUCGUUUUAAAAAAAAUCAUUGACGCGUGCAACGAUAAUUCGACUCCUCAAAAAGUAGGAGCUUCGAGACAAACUAAUAGAGAUUCAGUUUGGAGUGUUCUCAGUGGUCAAGUUUUGGAAGGUACACCGUCCAUCGUGUUACACGAUAUACGGGAAAUAGAAACGUGGAUUUUGAGAUUGCUGAGCAGUCCAGUACCCGUACCAACGAAAACCCGUGUAGAAAUAGAAGUAGUAUCGUCGCAUAUACAACCACCACUUUGUUUCGCAUUACCCGAUCAUACGAGAUUUUCUUUGAUUGAUUUUCCUUUACAUUUGCCUCUCGAAUUACUUGGCGUUGAAAUAUGUUUAAAAGUUCUUACUCUCAUAUUAUUAGAAAAUAAGAUCGUAUUACAAUCCCGAGAUUAUAAUGCAUUGUCGAUGUCGGUAAUGGCAUUUGUUACGAUGAUCUAUCCCUUAGAAUAUAUGUUCCCUGCAAUACCAUUAUUACCAACCUGCAUGAGCUGUGCGGAACAAUUAUUACUUGCCCCGACACCAUAUAUCAUCGGAAUACCUGCAUCUUUUUUAAUGUAUAAGAAAAAUUUCAAAAUGCCCGACGAUGUCUGGCUCGUGGAUCUCGAUAGCAAUAAAAUAACUGCACCUCCUGGUUCGGCGGAUCAAUUACCGGCCUUGCCUGAACCGGAAGGUACCAUACUAAAGAACCAUUUGAAACAAGCAAUGCAACUGAUGGAUCAAGUUGGCUCUGGUACAAUGGGUAGUAUGUCAGCUUCGCAAGCCAUACCCCAAGACACUUGGCCCUCGCGAUUGUCUUCUCAAUCACCAAGCAGAAGAGAAAGCACAGCUUCUCAACAUUAUCAGAAUUUAAGCGUCUCGACAACGAGGAACAGGCCAAGUAUUGAUUAUCAACAUGGUCAUGUUCAACAAAGCCCAUUGGGCGGGAAUGCAUCACAGUUACGUCGUCCAUCGUUAUCAGCUGCGAUGACAUCAGUUUCAGUAUCUGGAGGAAGUGGUACACCUUCUCCUUCAUCAUCAUCAUCACCAAUAACUGUACCUGGGACCAUGACAGCCAGUGGAACUUCAACAACUCCGACUAUGGCAUCACCCUUUAACCCAUUUAUUUAUGGCAACGAUGUUGAUUCGGUCGAUAUCGCAACAAGAGUGGCUAUGGUUCGAUUCUUCAAUUCCCAGAAUCUCUUGGCCAACUUUACCGAACACACGCGCACCUUGAGGCUUUAUCCUCGACCCGUAGUUGCAUUUCAAAUCAAUUCAUUCCUCCGUUCGCGACCAAGAGCUAGUCAAUUUUUGAACAAAUUUGCCCGCACGCAAGCCGUAGAAUUUCUUGCCGAGUGGUCGCUCACACCGAGUAACGUUGCUUUUUUGAGAGUACAAACCGGUGUAUUUGAUCCAGCCCAAAUCGGUGAUAAACCUAAAUGGUACGCUGCCGGUCUCGAGCCGAUACAUUUCAAAGUUUGGGAUAAUUCUAGUUCAUUGGCAAAUGCAUUGAAUGCAUUAAAGGAAUUGGAAAGUCAACCGACCGAUGAAAGUGGCUCGGAUUCGGAAGGGGCAGAGAGCACCAGUUCUUCUUAUUCUUCUUUAAGUGAUUUUGUCUCGGAAAUGGCAUCGUCAGAUUUAUCACCGAGUUAUAAUUGUCCUCAAGUAAGUCAACCUCAACAAAUGGCACUUUCGAUAGAUCCUAAGAACAUUUACAAUCCACCGAGUUCUUUGCAAUAUCCUGGAGUAGAAGAGGAAUCACCCGUACGUCCGGAAAGCCCACCAAGUACGUCCUCCAGUCAUAGUGAUCUCAGCAGUCCGAGUUUUAACAGAGACUCCGAAUUGGAAUUGAAUCCUAAAGCUUUGGAAACAUCCCAAUCAACCAAUGAUAAAGAGGAAGGUGGUAGUUUUGAGUCAGACUCUGCAUCGACAAUAACUCCACGCACAAUCCUGAGCGCACAAAGUUCAGUAGGCCAAUUUGGAGUGGGCAUGGGGUCAUUAGGUAACUCCUUGCUCAACGACACUGAACGCACUACCACCCCUCACAGGACAUCGCGCGUCACUAGAUAUAUGGUUCCUGUGAUGCCCAGUGGAACGAGUCUUCAAAGACAGCCAAGCGUUGGCAAUGUUUUGGCACGAACGUCAAGUUUUGGAUCUAGUACGAGCCCACUUUUAACCCGACAACUCAGUGGUAGUAUGGAUAGUGAAACUCUUGUAGCAUCUCGUCAGCAAGUGGCACCUGGUUCACCUAAUGGACACAAGAACAAUACUGGAUUACCUGGAAAUGGUGUCAUGAGACAAGGAUCCCAGGGUUCGUUGUUUGAACAAAUUGCAACUCAAGCUAAAGAUCUCGUACGAGAAACAACCAGACAGAGUAGUCAGGAUGGACUUCUUGCUCAUAUGGACAAACUGAAGCAUCAAGCAAAGGAAAAGAUCACCGAAGCAGGCGAGGAUAGUUUGUUUGCACCAUUGGAACAGUUGACACAACAAACGAAGAAGGCUGUAGGCGAAGCUACGAAAUCUGUUCAGGAGGUAUCCAAAACUGCGAUCGAAGCAAGCAAGACAGCUGCAGGUGUUAGCAAAAAUACUUUCGACGAUUUAACAUAUAUGGGUAAAAGUACGUUCGGUGAUUUAACUAAGAGUGCUAAAGAGGUUGCAACGAAAAAGGGUUUGCUAAAGGGUCUCGGAGAAUCACAACAAUUUUCACCACCGCAUACUCCACCAUCCCCAGGUGUAACGCAAAGAAGAGAAUCAUCCAGUACACAAUUGGUUGCUUCGGAUAAUCGUUCGGCACGUAGAGAAAUUGGUCGUGAUUUUUUCAGCAACUUUAGCAGCGAUUUGAACGGCAUCGCUGCUCAAACAAGCAGCAUGUUCAGUGAUUUAUUUGGUAGCAGAAAUACUUCUAAUCGAAAUAUUGCGCAGUCACAAAAAUCUAAGGAAAAAUCUGGUACAUCGUUUGGACCAUUUCCUAAAGGUUCAGGAAAAACAGGUCUCGUUGAGAAUUCGUCAUUGAUAAAACAUUCUUCGAUGAAAGCCAAUCAAGAAGAAAUGCAAAGGAUGCAAAAUGCGGAACGAUCUAGUACAAACAGUGACAAUCAAGCCUUCUUGACAGACAUGGUAACACAAGUUUUAGCUGGUGAAGGGGUCGGCUGGCUUAAAUUGAAUAGAUUGAAGAAACUUAUGGAAGAUGAAAGUUAUCGAGACCUGGUCGUAACGAAACUCAAUAAAGGGCUUCAUAGAAAAAUAAGUCCAGAUGACCAUAUCGACGAUGUGUGUAUCUCCAAACCAGUAUAUAAGGGAAUGCUAAAGUGCCUUCAAGCAGUGGCUCAUGGUCUCGGUCAUACUUAUCAUAAUUUUGGAUUAGGUGGAAUGGCUUCUGUUUUUCAAUUAAUGGAAAUUGCUCAUACACAUUAUUGGAGCAAGGAUCUAUCGGAAGGUGGUUUCGAUGGUUCACUGUUAUCACAGGCAUCGAGCCCGUUCGGUAGCAAAGAAAAUUUGAAGUCCCCGCAAUCCCCGAAUCAAGGUGAACUUCUAGAUAUAUCUCAAAGAUUACGAAGUCCACAAACGCAAGAAAUAUCAUCUCAAAUUCAACUUGAGUUACCUCAUGCACAGCAUACAAGUGACGCUGGCCAAUCAACAACUGACAUGUUUUUGGAUAUGUUCACGAAAAAAAAAAAGUUUUUGUGCAAGCUAACGUCAUUUGAUUCAGAGAGUGGGCGGGGAGGUGGAACAGGAAGCAGCGAAGCUUUGUCCACUGACGGAGGUAGCAUUAUCACUAAUCCUGCUUUUCGGCAAUCACAUCAAGCUUCUUUCCGAAGCACCGUGUCUGAUAGCGAGGUCGAACAAGGCAAUUUUCCGCGUCAAGGAAAACAACGUACAGGUAGCGUCUGGUCCAGUAAAUCAUCGUUGAGUACAGGCUUCAGGUACCAUGGUGGAAAUUUAAUCUCUACCACACCAAUGUCUAGUCCUGAAACUGCUCGAACUUAUCUCUUCGAAGGUCUUUUGGGUAAAGAAAGAUCGAAUCUAUGGGACCAAAUGCAAUUCUGGGAGGAUGCAUUUUUAGACGCGGUAUCGCAAGAACGAGAUAUGUUGGGUAUGGAUCAAGGGGCAGGAGAAAUGAUGGAAAGGUACAAGAGUUUGAGCGACAGCGAAAGACGUCGAUUGGAACACGACGAGGAUCGAUUGUUGUGUUCUUUAUUGCAUAACUUAACUGCAAUUUUGGUAAUGCUGAACGUUGAAAAGAACGAGGUGAAACGUAAAGUUCGUAGAUUGUUGGGAAAGAGUCACAUCGGUUUGAUUUACAGUCAGGAACUCAAUCAGCUUCUUGAUCAAAUAAACAUUCUCUAUGGUAACGAUAUAGAUUUAAAACCAUUGACGUCACGACAAAUGCAUCGUCAAUCAUUUACCGUUCACGCUGGCGUAGAUGCCGAGGGUGAUUUAAGAUUCCUCGAAGUACGUCACGAUGGUCUUGUUUUGAGAUCGGUAAAUGGAGUUAUCGUUGAACGUUGGUGGUACGAACGAUUGGUUAACAUGACAUACAGUCCGAAAAACAAGGUUCUUUGUUUGUGGAGACGAAACGGUGGUCAAACACAAUUUCAUAAAUAUUAUACGAAGAAAUGCAAAGAUCUUUAUUAUUGCAUAAAAGACGCGAUGGAAAAAGCCGCUGCACGUGGAAGAGGGGGAAACAUUGGUAUCGAAUUGGGAGGUGAAUUUCCAGUUCAAGAUAUGCGAACGGGAGAGGGUGGGCUUCUUCAGGUUUGCAUGGAAGGUGUUGGUCUUCUCUUCGCAAACAGCAAGGAUUUCGAGUUUUUUGUAAGACUCGAUCAUAUCCGCAAGUGCUUUACCCAGAAGGAUGGAAUCUUUGUUUUGGAAGAAUUCAAUCCUAAAACUAGACAAGUAAUACAACGUAAAUAUAAGUCGCAAAUGGCAGAUCAAAUCUGUUACGCGGUACUCUGUGUAUUUUCUUAUUUGGCUGCUGGUUUAGAGCAACGUAAACCACAACAGCCAAAUCAAAAAUUACUCCAGCAGCAGCAGCAGCAGCAACAACAACAACAACAAAAACAACAACAGCAACAACAACAGCAGCAACAACAACAGCAACAGCAACAGUAUCAGCAGCAAUUGCGCCAACAGCAACAGCAGCAGCAGCAGCAGCAACAGCAGCAGCAGAAACAGCAACGUCAGCAACAAUUGCAGCAUCAACAACAUCAACAACAAUUGCAACAUCAUCAGCAACAGCAAUUACGUCAACAACAACAACAACAACAGAGACGGCUGUCGCAAGUAUCGCCAAGGGAUGAAAAUAGCCCUCAUCAAGUCACACAGGGAAAUACGAACACGCAAUUUGAACCCUUUCCUCAACAACACUGACACAAAGGCAGACACUCUCUCCCAUUCGUGCAUGAUUACAAUAAAUGCGCUCCUUACGCUUGCCUACCCUGGGUAUGAAUGAAUCUAACGUAAAAAGCACGAAUUGUAUCCAUUUCAUUCUUCUUCAGGCCUUGGAAAUAAUCUAAUAAAUGUUCGUCGGCGUGGUAUUUUCCUACGAAAUAAAAUAAAAAAAAAAAAAGAAAAAAAAAAGAAAAAAAAACCAUAAUAUAAA